CCGGGCCGCGGGAGAGCUCCUGAGGGGCCGGGCGGGAGGAGCAGGCGGAAGGUGAGAUUGACGCCCUGGUCGCCUCCCGCCAUCAAUGUCACAGAUGAAUAAAAGCUAUUUGAUUAACAAAAUGAAGCCUGCAAAGCUGCACUAUUGGAUUCUGGGUUGGUUUUCUAUGGCAUUAUGUUGUUGGUGUGCUUCAGGUAAAUUCACUCAAAGUGAAAGCCACCCUCAUACCUGGAAGAAGCUGUAUCUUGCUCAUCAUUGGCCAGUGACUGUAUGUAAGAUGAGCGCUAAUGAUUGUCAAGACCCUCCAGAGUACUGGACAAUCCAUGGACUAUGGCCUGACAAAACUGAAGAAUGUAAUAGGACAUGGCAUUUCAAUGUCACCGAGAUUAAGGAUCUUCUGUCAGACAUGAGACACUAUUGGCCUGAUGUGCUUCAUUCAUCUCUGAACCGCACCCAGUUCUGGAAACAUGAAUGGGAGAAACAUGGCACUUGUGCAGCCACACUUCAGGUCCUUAAUUCUCAGAAGAAAUACUUUGGUAAAGCCUUAGAACUCUACCAGCAUGUUGAUCUUAACAGUUGUCUCCUGAAAGCUGGGAUAAAGCCAAGCAGUUCAUAUUACCAGAUGACUGCCAUAAAGGAAGCUCUUACAAGGUUUUAUGGGGUAACGCCAAAGAUCCAAUGUCUUCCUCCAGAAGAGGGUGAAAAAGCACAAACGAUUGGUCAGAUUGAAUUCUGCUUCACCAAAGAACUGCAGCUGAGAAACUGCACAGCGCUGAAGGGUGAAUCCAACCCGAUGCAGGCUGACUUGAAGCUUGGAACUGAGGAGUUGUCUGUCUGCAGUGAUACUCUCCCAACCUAUUAUCCUUCACAGGUCCAAGAUCACAAAUGAAGCCAUAAGAGUUCAAAAAACUUUUUAAACAGCAACAAAAAACAAACCCUUAAACACUAUACCUUGGAAAACAGUCUUGGCUUAGCAAAAGCCCUGUCGUGCUGUGAAGAUUUCUGCUGGAAAACUUGCUUCUUUUGCCGUUAAAGGAGAAUUGUCUGUAUUGUAAUACCAGUUACACAGGCUGAAGUAUUGAAUGGUGGCUCUGAUAUUGAUGGGAUCAGAAUCUGAUUUACAGCUUUGCCUGGACUUUUUGGCUUGCUUAUGGUUUGAAUCAAUAUUCAAAAGAGGACUGUGACUUCUUAGUUUCACUUGCAGUUCAGUCUGCCACUUCAGCCACUUUUGGUUUUUGCCAGUGAGUCAGGGAAAUUAAGUCAUUGUUUUGAAAGGAUGCUUGUCUCUCUGAGAUGAGAUGACAAUUUCUUGAGAAGAAAAUAUUGUAAACAAAAAGAAGUUAGAGACCUGUCUAAAGGUCUUUUCCCAGACAUAAUACCCACCGCCUUGUGUAAAUUUGCUCUCCAGAAGUGCUGAACAGAGUCCUCUGAGGCAUUAAACCUUUCCUCACUCAGAUCAUGGUGGACCAAAGAUGACAACUUUUGCAUAACUUCUUAGUGAAUGAAAUAAUGUUCACCAGGUUUUGGCACUUCUGCCUAAAGGACCCCAGGAAGACUGUAUUUGUAGCCUUACCUAUUCUUUGAUUGAUUUUGCUACAGUAGCUCCAUACAGUCUUGAAGAACAGCCAGUCUUAGAACAUACUUGCUAGUAUAGGAAAAUGUUAGUCCCUAGAAAUAUGUUGUUAUUAAUUUUUCAUUGUAUUUGAACAUUUAACAUUACCAGACAGGUGUGAGUGCCUGCACUUUUAUUUAAAAAUUAGGUAGUCACAUAAUCACUUUGUUCCAAGAAACAGCUUUUUAUAGGUGAAACAGUAAAUACUACAGGAUUUUCAGUGAAAAGUACAAAUGUUAGUGAUAGUGCAUCUCUAUCCCAUAAUAAUUAAUAACAUGCCACAAAGUUGGAUGUUUCCAAAGGGGACCAGAUUUGGAUGACAUCCUCUACACAGUGCUGUAUUGAUGUAAGUGUCUCAAAUAGUCUUUCAAAGACAGACAAUUAUGGCUCAAGGAGCCAUCUGUUAGAAGAAUAUUACUGUGAAAACAUGAAAUGGGGUAUUAGAAACAAAUUCGUUAUGUCUUUUGGGGUUCAGAAACCAUUCACGUUUACUUUCAUUUUUUACUGUCCCUGUUUCUCUACCACCUUUUUUUCAUUUAAGGCUCUGUUACCUUGCCAUUCCAGAAUGCUGUCAGUUUUUUAGCCCUUUCUUUAGAAACUUAGACAUUUAUUUAACAGCUGAGAAAUGAGUAUGAUCUGCAUUCUGUUAUAUUUGUAUUUCAAUAAAACAAGGGCUUCUCUUCCAGACUUUUUCUUCCUUCCCAAGAGAGGGAAUAUACUAAUGUAUACUAAUACUAUAUUAUUAUACUAAUGCUAAUCUGACCUAGUGUUUUUAUAGUAGCGAUGGCAUGUUAAGCAUGACCAGAAGAAUCACAAUUCUUCAUUCCCCCAUUUCUGCCAUCUUCUCUGAGCAAGAAAAAGUAGGGAGACUGAACUAAAGUGCUUGAAAAUACUAGAAUGUACUUGUUUUUUGUGGAAUCUUUUUGAGAUCACUAAUAUUUUUUUUCCUCCUAAAUAC